AUGGUUAGCCGAGAUCCGGGAAGCCGUACAGGAUCCGGUAGGAAACGCAGAAAGAGACGGACGCUGGGGCAGAGGCGGCACGCCGUCUUUGAGGGGAGGAUGUCCGACGAGGAGGACAGUGAGCAGCAAAAGGAGACAAACAACAACAUAAGGUCCGCAGAGAGCGAGAGAUUGCCGAAGCUGAACGUGAGAAGUUGGAGUCUGGAGGCAAGCGGACAGUUGAACUCCGGCGUCUAAGUUGCGGUGGAAACCUUGGAACAGCUGGCUCUCGCUCCGUCAAGCGGAGUGCAGCGCGAAGACAGUCUGAUCCUGGAGUUAGGAAUACUCAGAUCGGAGCCGAGAAAAAAACACGCAAGAAACCUUGUAGGCGUGCGGAGUGCGGUUGGUUCACAAACAACCCGGGUCUCGAAUGCAGCAUGUGCCCCUCAGGCGUAGUGCACGCCGUCAGUGACAAGCUAUGCUCCGCAUGCCAUAGGUCGGAGGGCUUAGCUGGCUUCACGCACCUCAGAGGGCCACGGCUUGAACGAGCGACACGGUUGUUUUUGGCCGAGUACCAAGAAGGAGAGGGGGAGCUGCCUCUACCUCUCGUGCGAGGAUUUUGUCCCAGCAACGACUGCAUAUGCCAACACCGAGAUUGUUUCUACAGAUUUCUUCUCGAGAGGGAAGCACAGCCGGAGCUCCGAACAUGUAGCGUGUGCAAGUGAGGGUACCCUGUGAAGGAGCAGGUGCGGUGGUACAGUGUGGACGUGGUGGACGAUAACAUAACGGAGGGUGGUGGAUCAGGACGCACACAAGCUUGGUACUGCCAGACCUGCAAUCAAGCUCGAAUCCGGGCCAUCGGAGAAGCUACUCAAAACAAGGUUGCGGCAUCGAGCAACUCGGACCGACCUAAAGCCGACGAACCGGCGCCGGAGAAGCCGUUCAGCCGGGUGCGCGAGUUGGUGAUUAAAACCGUAGCUCGCGGGGACAUCCUUUACUGGGAGGAUGUGUUCGACUGGCUCUCAGCUGAGCGCGCAAAGGAUGGUGACCAAGA